AUGAGUCCCCGUACUAGUUCCGAUGCUGCGGCCGACUUCUUGCUUCGGCACCCUGCCGUGACCGAACCUUCGAAGUUGCAGCACCUUCCACGUGAAAAAUCCGGUCUUGCCGAAGCUCCGAAUGCCGGUGAACUCGCGCACACGCCGCCCAUCCCACUUGUUAAGCCCAUUUCGAAUCUGAGUGCGAGAGAAAGCCAUAACAGUGAAAGAUUUAUGAAGAAUGCUCAUAUCGGAAGGUUUCCUUCCCACUCGUCCGAGAAUGCAUCAUCUGUCGCAGUGGAAGAUGUGGUGAAUGGAAUAUUUUGGACAGCAUUCGCGGAAGGACUGGUCCCCAAAGGAUUUGACGAGGAGGACAUAAUUCAGUGGAAAAGAUUUUUAAAUGUCACUGAAGUACUGAAGAUUGAGGAAGGCUGUGGAAGAAUGCAAAACAGAUUAGUUACGUUAGCCGAAGGUGGUAAAUCUUGUUGCCGAUAUCGAUACAACAAUGAUCAAAUACAAGGUGAAAUAUUCUCAUUUUAUCUCGGAAAACUGUUAGGCAUUAAAAACUUAGCCCCAUCCUCCUUAGCUCUAGUCGAUCCUCAAACCACUCGUUGGUCAAGUGCUUCUUCACAAAUUGCCCUAGCCCAGUGGAAUUCUGAAAAACCUGUGGUUUUAACGCAAUUCGUUGAAAAGCUACAGCCAGCUUUUGUUCCUAGACAUUUUAGAGACAAAAAGAAGCGUAGGCUACAUCCUUUAGCUGAGGAUAUAAAAAACCUCACCCUCAGUGAACUUUCAGAAGUGGUGCAGUGGAGUGACUUGGUCAUCUUCGACUAUCUGACAGCGAAUCUGGACCGUGCUGUCAACAACAUGUACAACGAGCGAUGGAAUGCUGACAUGAUGAAUCAACCUACUCACAAUUUAGCGAAAACUCCUGAAGGACUUCUUCUCUUUUUGGACAACGAAUCAGGUUUGCUGCAUGGAUAUAGACUUCUCGAAAAAUACGAACAUUUCCACAAAGCUAUGUUAGAUAGCUUGUGCAUUUUCAAAAAAGACACUAUAGACGCAGUGGAAAAGUUGCAUCGGGACAACAAUCUCGAAACUGUUCUAAAAAGUGCCUUCGUUGCAAGAGAUCCAGGGACUCCUGCGAUGCAGCAACUUUUGUCGAUCACGUCUUGGAGCCCCAGGAGCUCUAGAGGUACAGAGGAGCCUAUUGAAGCCCCAAUCAGCAGGGAAACUACCUGGUGAUCUGCAUGACUAUAAGGAAGGUACUUAUGGUCCCACAUGGAUGCAAUAGGGAGAAGUUUAUAAUGUUGGUUUAAAGGUCCUUGACACGGUUGUUGAGAAAAGGGUUGAUUUUCAGUUUUUUGACAAAGAACUAUUAUUCUUCUUUUUGCUUUGGCCCUUUAAGGAGCAUGGGACGUAUGUGUCCCCGAAACUCAAAAUGUAUUUUUUAAAUUCUCGAAUGCAAAUAAUUUAUAAGUUACAUUUGCCCAAGUUUUUGAUGCAUCUGAAUCUUAUAGCAAUUAAUAAUAACAAUAUUCACGAUCCUGGUAUUUCAAAAUGGCUUCAAUAGUUGAGAUAAAUUCGGGUGCUUUGGCGCUCACAAGGGGAGGGUCCAAGG